GCAUCGUGAGCUUUCUCAUGCACCGCUCCGACUCUCGCAGCUCCAACACGCCGCAUCUCGCACGCAGUCUGUCGCUCAUACCUGUCGCUGAGCAGUUUGACCGCCGCUGGCCAGUCACGGCGCGCAAAAGGUGAGUUUCCGGCGGCUGAAACGCUGCAAGGUCCAUCGUGCGUUCAGCGCCUAGAACAACACGAGCACCGCGCUAUCCCCCUGCGCUCCUUAGCUCCACCUCGGCCUCUCCAGUCCAUAGUCUUGAGCGCAGACUAUGUAUACUCGCAGACCGCCGUCAUGACUGCUGCAAAUCCUUCCUCGCCGCCUGAUGUGAAUGAAGAUCUGCAUCACGACGAUCUUGUCCAACGCCUAAAGUCCAUGUCCACUGUGAGCCCGACACCGCCUCAAGGCCCGAACAAGACACCGACUCCUACCAAAGCGCCUAUACAAGACACACCACGCUCAAGCUCAAGCUCGAGCUCAAGCCAGCCCUCUGCCGACACCAUGGGAGAAAGCAGCACCCUCGCCCGCCAGCUUAGCAACACCUCCGACGACAGCAUGACUUCGCGCAGGCCCUCUACACCACGCUCGCAGACGGACCCCCAGCCCGACACUCUCACCUCCCUCACCACUCGGCCACGGAAUCGCUCGCCCUACUCUCGCUCUCAUCUUCGCUCCCAGAGCGGGUCAGCGUUGCCGAGCGCGCCGCCCAUGACACGGGCCCAUUCGUUGCCUACUGUCAUGCAACCGUCUGGCAACCUCAGGCUCUCGCCUACCCCGAUGGAGCUUGCCCUCCCGGCUUCUCCUCUACGCUCGCCCAAGCGGACCCGCAGCCCGCGAGCACUGGAGCCACGGCCGCAUACAGUAGGGGCCCCAGAGCGGUACGGCUCGGGUAUCCGUCCGGCCUCUAUCGGCUCCUUCGAGGGCGCUCCGAGUGUGUGCGAUAUCUCAGAAGAUGCCGAGCUGGAACUCACGCCACGCGUUGGCACCACCGUGUCGAGUCUGUACAGCAGCACAGGCUCGCUCUCAAGGCGGCGUCGACCAGCUUCACCGCUCUAUCAAGUCUCGGUGUCCUUCGGCGCACCGCCUACCAGUACCCCGUCGGUCAGCACUCCAACAUCAACUGCCUCCUCGCCGCUCCUCGCACCAUCCAGGUUCAACGAGAACUACCCCAUGUCACAUGCUUCAUCGUCUGUACCCUCUACACCAACCUCGAUGCGCUCCCGCAGUCCUUCCAUUUCUUCCCUCGAGACUAUCGAAGACAGUCCAGACGCAGAAGAAGAGGCUAUAGAGGCCGACCGCAUACGGCGCCUGAAGGCUGCCGCUGAUCGUGAGGAUGGUGGAGAGGCCAGAAGGUCCAGCUUAGAUGUGCCAGAAGGCCGUGGGCGCAGUCUAGGUUUCGGCAAGCGAGACUCGAGGAAGAGGUGGAGUGUCUGCGGAGCGGAACGACGCGGCGACCUGGAUCUGGAGACCAUCUGGGAAGAUUGAUUCUCAACACUGAUCUGUCAGCGUGACUGCAUCUUUCGAGUGCGCGGCUUUGAGCGUACGGAGUUUUGGGGUUUGUUUUUGGCGAAUGGUUGGUCUUGCACUUUUUUGUUUUCACAUUAUGAUCGUCACCCAACGCGGCUCGGACCAGCGUUCAUGGAUGGAACGAGGAUGCGCUUUUGUUUUACGCAUAUGGUAUGAUACAUUUCAACGAUACGACACGACACGUCGUCGCAGCAUGAUACCCUCCUUCAGGAGCUUUAGUUUUGAGGCUGUCUUACAGUCUGACCUGCAUUUAGUAACCUGCAAUACAAUACCGAUUGAUCUGGAA